UAGCCUUGUUGAUCCACUGAUAAAUGAUUCAGCUUGAUAUUUGUAGUUGAUUGGUGUUUGAAAAAACAUAUUGAUCUACCAUAUAAAAACUCAAACUUCUGCAUUGAGACACAGACAAAAACAGCAAGCUUUCUGUAUUCAUUUUUCCUGGCUGAUUUCAGUGUUCUUUGAGAAACAAUGGCGUUCUGGACUGUCUGUGUGUCUCUCUGUCUUCUCUUUGCUCUGAAUGCUUCAGCUUGUCGGAGUGGGUGGACUCAACACGGAAAUAGAUGCUUCAGGGUUUUUAACCAGGCAAUGAUCUGGAAGGAUGCAGAGAUAACAUGCUUGGACUACGGUGGGAACCUUGCAUCUGUACACAGUCAAGAGGAGAACGCCUUCUUAAAACGCUUGAUCUCAAGUUCAAAAUCAUUCUGGAUAGGAGGCUAUGAUGCUGUUUCAGAGGGAACAUGGUUCUGGAGUGAUGGGUCCAAAAUGAAUGUCCAACUUUGGAACCCCGGAGAACCCAAUAACUCAGGCGCAAAUGAGCAUUGUAUUGAGAUGAACUAUGCAGGUGCAAAAAACUGGAAUGACCAAGAAUGUACCGACAAGUUACCUUUUGUGUGUGCCAGUGCUGAUUUGACAUGCCCAUGUUAAAUCAGAAAUAUCAUGCCCAUUCUAAAUGAUUUUCUAAUAGCUACUUAAAACAAGUUGACAAGUUAAGUUGCAUGAUUAUUGAUAGUCUACAUUAUCUGCAUAUUUUCCCUCCACAUUUUAACUGCAGUAUCACACAUUAAAUUUGGCCAUUUCAACCAACUAGAACCUUAUGCAGAUAAUUUGCUCUAAACUACAAAUUAGUAUAUCUAGCUAAUGUUGCUUGAAACCCACACAACUUUUUCAAAGCUGUUUUUUUAUUUCCCAUACAGUGCAAAUGUAACCAAUAUCAACUGAACUCAAUAAAUCAAAUAGCAUUCAGUUAUUGUUCUGAAAAUCUGUUGCACCACAAAUGCAGACAGCCAUCAAAUAGCCAUCAAAAUACAGCUCUUAGGAGAGAAAGUGUUUUGUUGUUGUUGUUGUUGUUGAAUUUUUGAAAACGGUGAUGCCAUGUACAUGUGUAUUACGUGUCUGGUCUAGUGUUUCACAAAGUGACAUUGCCAACUACUGGCCUGGCAGCAUACAGCAAUCUUAGUCAUUUUCCAUGUAAACAGGUAUUGUUUUGACACGGUGUCACCUGUACGUGAAAAAUGACAAUAGACAAUAAAAUGAAAUACAACAAUAAAAUAAAAAAAUAAAUCAAGAAGAGGCCCUAGUGAACAAAUUUGUUAUUCAACAAAUUAGAAAGGUACACUGGGACAGUACCAUGGAGAUGUUCAAUUUUUUUAAAAAAAAGGCCUAAUAGGAGGACCUAGAAUUCAAUUCUGAAUGAUACAGGCAAGCGAGCAAGAGCGCGCAUAGAGACUGUGUUUCAAACCAGCGCGCGCACGGCAGAGAGGGAGAGGGAGCGAGAGAGAGACCUUGCGUGUGUGUGCGAAGCGCAUGUAAGACAGAGAGCAUCCCGAAUGGCCUUUUUCGGCAAAUCAACCAAUCAAUUAUCAGUGAGGUGAGUUGACAAGUUUCAUUUCAUGUGCAUAUUAUUCAGGCUAGUUGCCAAGGCUACAU